AUGUGUAAUGAAGAAGGAAUUGAUUGGAUAUUUGUAUAUGAUGUUCCUCAAUGGAAUUACAUGGGUUAUACUACUCACCUUAUUGCUUCGGGUAAUGGGUCAAUUGGGCUGUUGAUAACCAUGUUUAUUCUGGCGUUUAUAUUUUCCAGUAUAGUUGUUAAGCCAUUCAAAACGUUGAUAGCAUCGUUUGAAUUGGUUUCGAAUAUGCAACUGGAUAAUUUUCAACUUUCGCCAUCACUCAUUUCUGAAGUGAAAUCCUUGCAAGUUCACUUUAUAGGUAUGGUGGAAAGAAUUAGAUUGUACAGAAAGUUUAUUCCAAGUCACUUGUUGAGUAAGUUGGACAACAACAAUUCAGAAGAUGAUGUUGAGAAUGUUGAAACAUCUUUACAAGAAAAACCACAGGAUUCACCUUUCUCAAAUUCUCAUUCAAGCAGUCUUUCAAGAAAACAUCCCAAACAACAACCUUCAGAUAAUGUAUUCUCGCUUUAUUUGGAGAAUAAGAAAGUUACAGUAGUGGCAGUGUUUUUGGACGGUGUCAAUAACUUGUUCAACAAUGCCAAUCCAAAAGAGUGUCUUUCCAUUUUGACAGAUGUUUUUGAUGUAAUUAACUAUGUAGCAAAGAUUAGUAAUGGACAAGUUGGUAAAUUUGAAAAUGAAACAGUUACAAUUCUCUUCAAUGCUUCAGGUGAUCAACAUAAACAUGAAAUGAAGGGUCUUCAAUGCUGUCACUCCUUAUUGAAGAAAUUGAUAACUUUACAGGAAAAUAAGCUAUCACAGCAUAUUGUUUAUGAGAAUAAUCCGACAUUGAAUUUAGAUUUCCAUAUUGUUGCAACAACUCAAGAAUGUAUGUGUGGUAAUGUGGGAACAAAGGAGAUUAUGAACUUUGGUGUUUUUGGAAGUGUUCAAUACAAUAUUCAAGGCAUGAUUGAAACUACAAAAGAGUUGGAUAUUCCAAUAGUUAUUUCUCAUGAAUUAUUCCAGAAAAUUGACAACAAAUUUCAAGUUAGAUUUGUUGAUUUUAAGAAUUUUGUGUUGGAUGAUUAUUAUUCAUAUCCAAACAUUGCAGAUAAAAGUCAAAUUCACACACCAAGAAAAGUUUACGAAUUGGGUGAAAGUAUUAACAAUGAAGCUGAUGAAUGGAUGUAUGAAUUGAAUGCAAAGGAGAAGAAUGAACAAUGGAAUAUUUACAAUGAAGCAUCACAAGAAUAUUUCAAUGAGAAUUUCAAUAAUGCUGCCACCUUACUUUCAACAUAUUUACAAAAUAAUGCAAGUGACAAAGUUGCUAUCCAUUUGAAGAAAAAUUGUGAAAAGAGAAUGACCAUUGCAGAUCUAUAA